GUCGAUUCUAUCUCAUAUUACUUUAUGUUUUAGUGUAAGCUAGUUAUCGGUCGGUUUCCUUAAUUAAACAUGUUGUUCUUAUUAGUUUCAUUCGUCGUAGUCUUAGUGUAUUACUACUUGACGAGAAACUUUGACUACUGGGCAAAGAGGGGAGUGAAACAUGACAACCCCAUCCCAUUGUUUGGUAACAACUUCCGCCAGUUCUUCUUCAAGAUCAGUCUGACGGACAUCGUCGCCGAGCAGUACUUCAAGUACCCGGAGGAAAAAAUGGUGGGUUUCUACCGAGCGAACGAACCACGACUCAUUCUGAGAGACCCAGAAUUGGUGAAGCAAGUUCUGAUCACAGACUUCCCGUAUUUCUACAGGAGGGGUUUAAACCCUCACAAGGAAGUGAUCGAACCGCUGCUAAAGAACCUCUUUUUUGCUGAUGGAGACAUAUGGAAGCUGCUGCGGCAGCGAAUGACGCCGGCGUUCACCAGCGGCAAGCUGAAGGCCAUGUUCCCGCUCAUUGUGGAGAGAGCUGAGAAGCUACAGCAGAUAGCAGCGGACGCGGCACGGACCGGCAAAGAAGUAGACGUCAGGGACCUGAUGGCUCGCUACACCACCGAUUUUAUCGGAGCCUGUGGAUUCGGAAUAGAAGCUGAUGCUCUCAACGACGAAGAUUCAACCUUCCGCAAGCUGGGAAAACGCAUAUUUACAACGUCGAGGAGAGAUGGUUUCGUAGUUUUCCUGAAACUGGUGUUUCCGGAAACUUUUAAGAAUCUGAAUUUCCUUGUACCAGAAAUAGAACAGAAUGCGGUUGGUUUGGUCAAAAGUAUAAUGGAACAGAGGAAUUAUAAGCCUAUCGGAAGGAAUGAUUUCAUCGACCUCCUUUUGGAAUUGAGGGAAAAGGGUAAAAUAGUCGGUGAAUCAAUCGAGAAAAGAAAAUCUGACGGAACACCUCUAACAGCAGAACUAGAGUUUGACGAUUUGCUGAUGACAGCACAAGUAUUUAUCUUCUUCGCAGCUGGUUUCGAAACUUCCUCCUCAGCGACCAGCUACACUCUCAACCAGAUCGCAUUCCACCCCGAUGUCCAGAAGAAGUGUCAAGAUGAGAUUGAUACAGUAUUAGCUAAAUAUGAUAACAAAUUGUGCUAUGAAGCAGUGAAAGAAAUGCAGUACUUAGAUAUGGCAUUCAAGGAAGGAAUGAGAAUGUUUCCGUCUCUAGGGUUCCUUAUUAGGAGGUGCGCAAAACAGUACACGUUUCCUGGUACAAAUAUAACGAUAGAUGAGGGAAUCCCCAUCAUGAUCCCGCUGCAGGCGAUGCAGACUGAUGAGAAGUACUUCGAGGACCCAGAACUGUUCUUACCAGAAAGGUUUCAUCCAGACAGAAGCGCUGACAUUAAGAAACAUAUCUAUCUUCCAUUCGGAGAAGGCCCCAGAGCAUGUAUUGGCGAGCGGCUCGGCCACAUGCAGUCUCUGGCCGGGAUCGCCGCUCUGCUGCACAAGUACUCGGUGACCCCCUCCCCUAACUCUCUGAAGACCCCCCUCCACGACCCCAGGUCCACCGUAGUGCAGAGCAUCAAAGGUGGAAUACCGCUGUGCUUGGUUGCGAGGAAGAAGAAUUUAUAGCCGCUGCCGCUGCUCCUCUAGUUUAAAAUAAAAUAAGAACUACACUGACGGGAAAUGAAAAAAAUUCUCCUGCCCUAUGUAUCUGCUUUGUGGACGUUCCAUAUGUCACUGGAACUUUUUCAUUUCUCGUGAGUGUAGUAUAGAUUUCCCUACUCAAGCGGUAAGAUGUGAUAUUAUUGUGUUUCAUGAAGCCUUACAAAGGCACAGGUGAAAUAUGAACAUUAAUUCUAAGUUUAGUUAAGUGAAGCCGACCUGAUUAAUAAAACGAUAGUCUCUGAAAAUAGUGACUUUUAUAAUUA